AUGAGCUUUGUGUAAGCAGAAAACUUACUACCUAUGUUUGUGUUGAUUAUUUCAUUUCCCAUAUAAAAUUGAUUGAUGAUUUGGGUUUAGCGUGUUUUAUCAAGUCAAAGAACGUCAAGGUGGCGCUUGCACCCUUGCAUUUUUGUCGAAGUGAGAAGGCUAUUUGUGAGGAUCUUUGUGGCGCUGUGACGUCAGACGUGCGCCUUGUGCGCCUCCUCCGAGCGCUCUCGCGGAAACCUUGCGGAACCUCGCGGACUCGGCUCGUUUUGGGGAUUUCGCGCUCGCGUCGCCGCGGACAUGAACAGCGUGGGGGAGGCCUGCACGGAGCUCAAGCGGGAGUACGACCAAUGUUUCAACCGAUGGUUCGCCGACAAGUUCCUGAAGGGAGAGCGAGGCGCCGAGCCGUGCGCGGACAGCUUCCGGCUGUACCAGCGCUGCGUCCAGAAGGCCAUCAAGGACAAGGACAUCCCGGUGGACGGCCUGGACUUCAUGGGCCCCGACAAGGACAAGGACAAGGCCGACAGCUGAACGACACAAGAAAAGAAACUCCUCCCGAAUAACAGCCGGGGCCAAACAUCUUUUCUUUUCUUUUCUAUUCUUUUAUGGGACAAACCGAAGGCCCGGGCCGGAUCUGUUUCUGUUUCCUGAUCAAGUCAGUCCCAGAAUUGCAAAUACUUGCAUUGCAAACAUUUAUUUUGUUGGUGUUACCAAAGCUCUUUUUGAAAUAAAAGAAACAAUAGUUGAUGAAAGUA